CGGCUCCGGCACCCCCUUCUCUGCCCCCCGCCCCCGAGCCGCGGCCAUGGACCCGGCGGAUCCGGCCUGCCCUGGCCCCGCUGGACAUCUGAUUUCUGCCAGGUGACUGUUCCGGCUGUGGGAGUGAGCACGUCAGCCUGGGGCAGGGGGCAGAGACAGGGCCUGACAUCGGAGGCCAUGGAGCAGCUGGCCACAGGCCCUGGAAACCCAAGGCCAGAAGAGAGUGGUGAUGGCAGCAUGGAGUCAGGCACCUGUCAGGAGCUGCUGCACCGCCUGCGGGAGUUGGAGGCAGAGAACUCGGCGCUUGCCCAGGCCAACGAGAACCAGCGGGAGACCUAUGAGCGCUGUCUGGAUGAGGUUGCAAACCACGUGGUACAGGCCCUGUUGAACCAGAAGGACCUGCGGGAAGAAUGCAUCAAGCUGAAGAAGCGGGUGUUUGACCUGGAACGGCAGAACCAGCUGCUGAGCAGCCUGUUCCAGCAGAGACUGCAGCUCACCACAGGCUCCCUCCCGCAGAUACCUCUCACUCCGCUCCGGCCGCCAGCCGAGCCCCCAGCCUCCCCGGCCCUAAGCUCCGCCGAAGAACCAACCACCUCGCUGCCCCUGGGACACUGCACUGGCCAGAGAGAGGUGUGCUGGGAGCAGCAGCUACGGCCAGGAGGCCCGGGCCCCCCCGCCGCACCGCCCCCGCCCCCAGCCCUGGAUGCUCUGUCCCCAUUCCUUCGGAAGAAAGCCCAGAUACUGGAGGUGCUGAGAGCCCUGGAAGAGACGGACCCCUUGCUUCUUUGCUCGCCUGCCAGCCCCUGGCGGCCUCCAGGUCAGGGGUCCGGCUCCCCAGAGCCCAUCAAUGGUGAACUCUGCGGCCCCCCUCAGCCUGAGCCCUCGCACUGGGCUCCCUACUUACUGCCAGGCCCCGGCAGCCUGGGAAACCUGCUGCACUGGGAGCGCCUCCUGGGGGGCCCCGGGGAGGAAGAGGGCGCUGGGCGUCCCUGGGGUCCUAGCAGGAGUGCCCCCCAAGCCCAGGGCCCCAGUGCUGGCCCACACUGUGUCCCUGGCAGCAGCUCCUCAUCUUCAUCUGAUGAGACGGGCGAGCCCAACGAGGCGCCCAGCCCCGACACCCUGCUCGGGGCGCUGGCUCGCAAGCAGCUGAACCUGGGCCGAUUGCUAGAGGACACGGAGUCUUACCUACAGGCCUUCCUGGCCGGGGCCACGGGCCCGCUCAACGGGGACCACCCCGGGCCUGGGCAGCCGCCCUCCCCAGACCAGGGCCCCCCGCAGGCAUCCAAGUCCAAAGGCACCCCCAGGUCAGCCUGGGGUGGGGGUAGCCCAGAGGCCCACAGGCCGGGCUUUGGUGCUACCUCAGAGAGCCGGGGGCCACUCCCUUUCUUCAGCAUGUUCACGGGCGCAGGGGAUGCCCCACUGGGCUCACAGUCUGGCCACCCCCACUCCUCAUCUCAGGUCAAAAGCAAGCUCCAAAUUGGGCCCCCUUCCCCUGGGGAGGCCCAGGUACCCCUCCUUCCCUCUCCGGCCAGAGGUCUCAAGUUUCUAAAGCUGCCUCCCACCUCAGAGAAGGUCCCCAGCCCGGCCGGCCCCCAGCUCAGCCCCCAGCUGCCCCGCAGCUCCCGUAUCCCCUGCCGGAACAGUGGCUCGGACGGCAGCCCCUCCCCACUGCUGGCACGCAGGGGCCUGGGCGCGGGAGAGCUGUCCCCGGAGGGAGCGCAGGGCCUGCCCACCAGCCCCUCGGCCUGCUCCACAGCCCCAGACUCUGCACAGCUCAGACCGCCCCCGCCAGCCUUGUCCGCCACCCUGUCCCCGGGAGCAGCAGGGUCUCCCUGCUAUGAGAACAUUCUGGACCUCUCUCGGAGCACCUUCAGGGGGUCUUCCCCAGAGCUUCCUCCAACCCCCCUGCAGGUGCCCACCUACUCGCAACUCACUCUGGAGGUACCCCAGGCCCCCGAGGGCCUCAGAAGCCCCGGAGGCCCACCCAGCCCUUGCCUCCCAGAAUCCUGUCCCUGUGGGAGCACCCAGGAGAAAAAUCUGGACAAGGCAGGCUCGGAGUCUCCACAUCCUGGCCGCAGGACCCCAGGCGGCUCAGCCAGGAAGCCUGGCCAGGGGUCAGGGCGUCGGCCCGGGGAUCCUGGCUACCCCCCUCUGCGGGACAGACUGGCGGCCCUGGGGAAGCUGAAGACGGGGCCCGAGGGACCCCUGGGCACAGAGAAGAACGGGGCCCGGCCUGGCACCGAGAAGGCCCGGGGGCCGGCGAGGACAGGGGAGAGCAUUGGAGACGUGGUGUCCCCCAGGCCUGCAGAGCAGCCAGAAGCUAAGGGGGUCCUGCGGGGGGCAGUGGCCUUAGGCACAAGCAGCCUGAGACAGCAGGAGCCCGGACUCGUGGCGGAGCCCGGAGCCCGCGUCUACUCCUCGCACUCCAUGGGGGCCCGGGUGGACCUGGAGCCUGUCUCGCCUAGGAGCUGCCUCACCAAAGUGGAGCUGGCCAAGAGCCGGCUGGCAGGGGCCCUCUGCCCCCAGGUCCCCCGUACCCCUGCCAAAGUGCCAGCCUCAGCCCCCAGCCUGGGCAAGCCCAAUAAGAGCCCUCACAGCAGCCCUACGAAGCUGCCUUCCAAGACCCCCACCAAGGCGGUGCCCCGGUCUGGGGCCUCCCCGGUCGCCAAGGAGCCCCCGAAGCCUGACAAGGGCAAGGGCCCGCCUUGGGCGGACUGUGGCGGCGGCGGCGGCACAGCCCCGGCAUCAGGCCCCGCUGAGCCGGGCCAGGGCCCCGAGGCGCCAGCCCCACACUCGGCCAUCGAGGAGAAGGUGAUGAAGGGUAUCGAGGAGAACGUGUUACGGCUCCAAGGCCAGGACCGGGCCCCGGGCCCCGAGGUCAAGCAUCGCAACACCAGUAGCAUCGCCAGCUGGUUCGGCCUGAAGAAGAGCAAACUGCCAGCCCUGAACCGCCGCACGGAGGCCCCCAAGGGCAAGGAGGGGGCCGGCGGGGGCUCCCCACUCCGCAAGGAGGUUAAGAUGGAAGCGCGGAAGCUGGAAGCCGAGAGUCUCAACAUCUCCAAGCUGAUGGCCAAGGCCGAAGACCUGCGGCGGGCGCUGGAGGAAGAGAAAGCCUACCUGAGCAGCAGGGCCCGCCCACGGCCCGGGGGCCCCAGCCCGGGGCCCGGCACAGGGCUCGGGCAGGUGCAGGGCCAGCUGGCUGGCAUGUACCAGGGCGCAGACACCUUCAUGCAACAGUUGCUCAACAGGGUGGAUGGCAAGGAGCUGCCGCCGAAGAGCUGGAGGGACCCCAGGCCUGAGUACGACUUCCAGCCGGUGGCCUCCGACCCCAAGAACCCCUGGCCGGCCUGCGGGCCCCGCAAUGGCCUUGUGGGCCCACUCCAGGGCUGUGGGAAACCUCCUGGGAAGCCAAGCAGCGAGCCGGGGCGGCGGGAAGAGACCCCCUCGGAGGACAGCCUGGCCGAGGCAGUGCCUGCCUCCCACUUCACAGCCUGUGGUUCCUUGACCCGAACCUUGGACAGUGGCAUCGGCACCUUCCCACCCCCAGACCACGGCAGCUGCGGGACGCCCAGCAAGAAUCUUCCCAAGACCAAGCCUCCACGGCUGGAGCCCCCUCCCGGGGUGCCCCCAGCCCGGCCCCCUGCCCUCACCAAAGUCCCGCGCCGCGCCCACACCCUGGAGCGGGAGGUACCGGGCCUAGAGGAGCUCCUGGUGAGUGGGCGGCACCCCAGCUUGCCAGCCUUCCCGGCGCUGCUCCCGGCCGCCCCGAGCCACCGUGGCCAUCAGAAGUGUCCCGAGGAUCCCUGUGAAGACCCAGGCCCAACACCCUCCGUGCAGCUGGCCAAGAACUGGACCUUCCCCAACACGAGGGCAGCGGGCAGCUCUGUGGACCCUUUCCUGUGCUCACCCCGACAGCUGGAGGGGCUGCCCAGGACCCCCCUGGCCCUGCCGGUGGACCGGAAGCGGAGCCUAGAGCCCAGCCGCCCGUCCCCUCCGCCACAAGGCCCUGCCUUUGGGGGCAGCCGCACCCCUAGCACGUCGGACGUGGGCGAGGAAGGCAGGGCGGCCAGCGGGGGCCCUCCGGGCUUGGAGACCUCGGAGUCUCUCAGCGACUCACUGUAUGAUUCGCUCUCCUCCUGCGGGAGUCAGGGCUGAGGGCCGGCCCCCUGCACUCUCCGUGCUGCCCUGAGACGCCGCAAGGCGGCAGGUGCAUCAGAAGAAGGUGACGGGGGUCCCCAGCACAGCCCACCGCCCAUGCUCAGCUCAGGGAGAGACCCCCCAGCCCCGGCCCCUUCUCACCCAGAGUAAGGCUCUUCCUGCAGGGGCCGGGGGCUUCCGUGGCCCAGCCCCCAGCCCCCACGUCGGGCUGAGCCAUCUUGUGGUGCUGGGCUUCUGGCCCACCAGCUGUGCCAUCUCUGCCCAACCUGGCUGCUCCCUGCCCCGAAGGCCCUGUGGGGUCGUCCCAGUACCCCUCACUGGUGGGGUGUGGGGUGCGGGGGACAAGUUGCCUUCUGCCUCGCCCUGGUCCUCCCUGCUGUCUGGAUGGUGCUGCCCCCACCCCACCCCACCCCCACAUUGCCCCAUGUCCUUGGGGUCGAUUUGUCUGUCUGUUUUUUAUAUAUAUAUAUAUAUAUAAGCGCCCGGCCCGGUCCCCUCCCCCAGCCCCGCACUGCGGUUAAUUUAUCUGUCGUUACAAAACAUGGCUGCUCUGCUCCCAGCCUCUGCUUCUGCCGGAUCCCUAAUAAAACCUGGAGCCCCUCGCACUCUGGCUGGGCUGUCAUG